CACAAUUAGAAUUCUAGCAAUUUGUUGCACUGCCCUGAAUCCAUUGUUCCUGGGUGCUGGCAAAGUGCUUCUUGCAAUCCUCUACAAAUUCCUCCAACUAAGCCUCAGUUCCUUGCUUGUUCUCAAACUCAGUUCCGUGCUGUUCUCGAACUCCUUCUUGGCUCUUCAGCUCUCAGGAAUGAUGAAGACACUCCUGAUCUCCUGCCUUCUCUUGACCCUUCUGAAUCCAGGUGAGCAGAACCACAGCUGCUGGGCUGUUCAUCAUGUUUCCAGGAAGGAAUUACGGUAAGGGGGGGUGGGUCAGCCAUUACAGCAGGAGAAGAAAGGAACAAGGACGUGUGCUUCCUUUGAAAGGGAGAGGAAUAAAGCAUAUGGUCAAGCUACAAGGGAUCUUCAAUCAGGAUAGUUUGUUCCCAAUAUUUGUUUUUAUUUAACCAAAUGCAUACUGAGAGGUGCAGUAUCCCGGAGUCCAUUGGGGGAGCAAUGGGGGCAGUUGCCCACUCUUGGAUAAACCAGAAUCCUAGGUCUGAUCUACAACAAAGAGUAUGUUUCUUGAACUUUUUUCCUGUUUGCUUACCUCAUCGUCCACUCAAACUCUACCCCUUCCUCCAGAAACUUUGUUCUCAAUAUUAAAUUUUACCAAAUUCAUACAGAGGUGUGGCAUCCCCAAGUACACUGGGGGAGCAAAAGAGGCAGUAGUUCACUCUUCAAUAAACCAGAAUCCUAGCUGAAAUUUAAAGAAGUGGUGUCCAAAAUUUUUCAAAGAGGGCCAGAUUUGAUGAAGAGAAAAACCAUGGGGGCUGACCAAAGGGCCAACCAAAGUUGUUAAUCUUUUAUUUCGGAGCGGAAUUAUCCUGCCCCCACCCCAUGCAAUCUUUUAGUUUGCUGGUGUUACACACCACCCCAAUCUCUGAGUGGAGUCAGGUCCCAGGGGUACCAGAUGUGCUUACCAGAGUCUGUCAUGUUUGCUGGUGCUGAUGGGAGUUGUAGUACAACAACUUUGGGAGGGUUAAAGGUUUCCCCACACCUUCUCUACUGGUCCUCUCCCUCAGACUGCAGGAGUCAUUUUCUACAAUCAUUCUCUGGUCUAUGCAAGGCCCACCCCUAUUCACAGAGUUUAAGAACUACAGAAGGAAUAUAUAUAGAAAGCAUUAUGUAGCUGAACAAUGGUCCAUCUAGUCUAGCCUCUUGUUCUUGCCAUGGGUGAAGCCCGAAAGCAGGAUCUAUCUGAGUGCAACAGCUCCCUUUCUGCGGUUUCCAGUAACUAGUAUUCAGACAAAUAGUGCCUCCAAUGUCCCAGAAAAAAAAAAAUCAAUUGAGGAUGGUAACCAUGUAUUUAUCUAGUCUGCUUUUGAAGCUAUCCAAGUCGGUGGCCCUUGCUGCCUCUCGCAAGAUGGCGUUUGUGGCAGAAAGUGUUGGGUUCAUGUACCCUGAUUCAGACCUAUUCCCUCUACACAGUUACUAAACUUUUCUAAACCCAUUUUCCCCUGUCUGCAGUGGCAUCUCUGACAUGUGAGUCUUGUUGGAAUGAAGGAAAAGAUUGCAAAAACGCCACCACUGAGGAGUGUGACGAGUCCAGUGAUCAGUCCUGCAUGUCUGCACUUGGAGUAGGCAUACUGUGUAAGUGAGAAGAAUUUUCAACCUCUUUGAGCACCAAAACGUAAACCCCCUAACUCACUUUCUAAGGGCAUAUCUUCGCCCCAAGCCACGGAACAUGACUUUUCAUAAAGUACUGUUCUAGGUUCUGCAUUGCCUGUAGGAGCAGGGAAGAAAUUCAAGGCAGUUCAUAUUUAAAGGUGUGUUUACUCAAUUGGCAGAACAAAACAAAGCCAUCCUUCAGAAUCUGCCCUUCUCCCAUUUUUGCAAUUCACUUGUCCAGCCAUGUAACCAAUAGACAAAUGCACAUACUAGGGUAAAGUGUGCAUAUAAGAAACUACAACAAAAUCCAGCAACAGUCACCUAAUUCAUAAGAAGAGCUAAAAAUAAAGAUAGAAAUGAUGGAUAUCAGUAACAGCAACAAAACAAGCCAAACAAUACCCCAACCCAAGUUUCCGUUCAGCAGCCUCAGCUUUUGUAGUUGGAGUCAGUCUGUCAGUUUCCCAUCUCCCAGGCCAAGUGAAAAAUGACCUGCAAGGCAGAGAGCUAAUCCGCCAGGAUUCACAGCCAAUAUGGUCAACAAACAUCCCCCCACCCCCAUGGGGGAAACCAUGACUGCUUAAAUCAGUAUGACCCGGCAGAUAGGGCCUAAGAGUGAAAAUAACAUUCACACGAAAUGUUGAUGGGGGGGGGGAGUUGGAAACUGAUAGGAAAAUGUGGAGAAAUGAACUUCCCAUGAAACCUCCUGAACUGAUCCCAUUCAAGAAGCAGAAGGGUGGUAGAAACCUCUGGACAGCCAAAGGUUCUCCAUUCCUGACUCACAUUCAACAAAUAGAUAAAACUGGAGAAAUCUCUUUCUGCUUCAAGCAGGGCCUGCUCAACACAACUGGAUACCUGAGGCAAACCAUAAAAUGCUCCCCACCCCUGGAAGAAAGGGUGACUGAAGAUUAGGCCUGGGCGAUUUAUUGAUAUAUCACCCCAGUACCGGUAUGAGGGGCAGACCGUGAUGACAGAUUCACUCAGCAGUAAAUCGGUGGGGGAAACCCCACCUAUCCUGAGUCCCUCUGCCUCCAGCACGCAGCACGCUGAGGAAAAACUAAAAAAGCUGCAGCCUGGAGCUGGAGGCAGAGGGACUCAGGAGGGGUGGCAGUUUCAUGAAAGAUAUAUCGCUGAGUGAAAUCACCAUCAUGGUCUGUCUCUCAUACCGGAAGUGGGAGAAAGAAGCUGCAUGACGAGGCUUAUAAAGGUUAUUCCUCCCUCCCUCCUUAAACUGCUUGGGUUAAGAGCACACCGCUGCCCUCGCCUCAGCCAAGCAAUUUUGCAAAAACCACAAAUGACCACUGGCACACAUGAGCCAGUAGUGGGGCGGGGACUCAGUUAUAGUGCUCUCCUUCCCCAGCUGCAAGAGCCUGGGUGGAGUGCAGGCUCCAGGCAGAGACAGCCUUGGCUGCCACCUGGCUGCCUUUUUCAGCACAGGAGGAAAGACGGAACCCACUCUGCCAGUCGAAGGCAGCCAAGCAGUGCAGGCAGCCCUGCAAGGGAUAGAUAGGGUGGCUUUGCAGCCUGAGCUUUGCAAAUGACCACCCCACAAGGAAAGAGGCAGUGUGCCUGCACGGGCACCAGCGAGGCGGUUGGAGCCUCAGAAAGGAGCUCCAAGGUGGUAUUUGCUUAAAUGUAUAGAGUUCAAGAUAAGGUAUGUUGAAAAUGUAAGGAGAGGGAAGGGAACUUCUUUCAUAUGUGGUGGAUGCGUCCUAAGUGGAAUGUGAUAUAUAAUGAACUGAAAAAGAUUUUCAAAAAUAAUUUUAGUAAAAAAACUAAAGGCUUUUUUAUUAGGGAUAAUAGGUGAAAAAAUUCCCCGAAAGACAUAAAUAUAUUUAUGUAUGCUUCCGCGGCAGAAAAGAUACUUUUAGCCCAGAAAUGGAAGCAGCAGGAACUUCCAACGUUGGAAGAAUGACAGACAAAGAUGAUUGAAUACGCUGAGCUGGGGAGACUGACGGGAGAAAUCCGAAACCAGCGAGACAAAGCGUUUGAAAAGGACUGGAGUAAAUUUGUACAAUAUAUGAAUGAACAUUACAAACUUUUUAAAACAUUUACAGGAUUGAUUUAAAAUAUUUUGUUAGGUUAUGAUUUGAUACCUGGAUAUAAAUAUUAGAAGUAAGUCUUUUAAGUAUGGAGAUAAAGUAAACAGGGUGAUUUAGACAUGAGAAGAUAAAAGUGAUUGCAUGUGGAAGUCAGGGAGGGGGACGGGAGGAAGUCAAUGCUCAAUUUGAGCAUAGAUAUAUGUGAUGAGGAAAUUUUAUUUGGUUGUUAUAAAGGAAAAAAGAAAUUUUAAUAAACAUAUUAAAAAAGAAAAAGGAAGAAGCUCCAAGGUCCCUGCAAUGAACAACAGGGACAUGGGGUGGCUCAAAUGGGGGAGAGGAACUGACAAGGAGGUGGCAGAUCUUGCCUCCAAGGAUCACACCACAGCUUCAAAGGCAGCAGCAUCAGGCAAUGCUUUUAUUGGUGGUCAGAUCGCAUGCCCCUGUGGAUCCUGCCACAUAAAGGUAAAGGGACCCCUGACCAUUAGGUCCAGUCGUGACUGACUCUGGGGUUGCGGCGCUCAACUCGCUUUAUUGGCCGAGGGACCCGGCGUACAGCUUCCGGGUCAUGUGCCAGCAUGACUAAGCCGCUUCUGGCGUACCAGAGCAGCGCACGGAAACACCUUCCCACCGGAGUGGUACCUAUUUAUAUAAUUGCACUUUGAUGUGCUUUCAAACUGCUAGGUGGGCAGGAGCCUCAUGGGUGGACCAGCCCUAUCUCCAGGUCUAGUUAUUUCCUUUUCCAAUUUUUUCUUUUAAAGCACUUUUGGGGUCAAAAAUGGUUAUCAAGUCCUGCAUCAAUACAGAGUUGUGCGAUGCAGACUAUGCCAGUUCCUCCAUAACCUCAUCAAUGUACAUCCAGAGCAAGAUCUCCUGCUGCAAGACAGAUAUGUGCAACAGUGGACCUCCUGAAAGUAAGUAUCAUCAUCAGGAAAGAUGAUCUCACAAAACUCAAGCAAUGAGAGAGCUCAAAGAAAGACAAACAAGUUUUUGGCAGUAUCCUGAUGUCAGGGACUGGCUAGACAAGGAGGAGUGGUGGCAGCCAGUCGCUCCAGGAGGUGCCUGAGGGCGACAAUAGGAAAGAAGAUUUCAAACUUGAUUCAGAUUGGUGGGACAGGGAGGAGCCACUGACAGAGGGAACCAGAAGGGAAGCAUUGGAGCCAUAGUAUGGGGGUGGGGGGAACUAAUAGAAUAAAACUCAAAAUCCCAAUAAGAAGAUUACUUGAACAGCAUACAGCAUCUAUUAGCAAAAAUUACAAGGGAGCAUCACAGUUUUACCUUAGUCCUAGAAACACCCCUCCCGUAAUUUUACUCACAGUUGCUCUCCUACAGCAGCUUCUGGUAUUUGCAUCCUAUGCUUUUCUCCAAAACGCUUUAGCUCCCACUCACCAUUUUAGCCUCAAAAUAUCCAGUUAAAUAGGUUAAACUGAGAAAUGGUUCCUGGCCCCAGGCCACUAAGCAAGUGUCAUGGCUACAGUGGAAUUUGAACCCUGGUCUCCUAGAUUCUGGUCCAACCCUCUAACCACUACACUUCACUGGUUCAUUGGUUUCCCGGAGUUCUAGCCCCCAAACCUAGAGUGACCCAUCUUCUUUGAUGCAUUUUCAUUUGUAGAGAUAUUUUGAGUGGGACAGGCCCCUGUCCUUCUUGUAUGGGAGGGAACUGAUUUCUUUUAGGUUUGCAUUCAAGGAAUUAAUAUCUUCAGGUUAAAGCUGAAGAUAUAGUCAAUGCAAUGGGCUCCAGUACCACCUAAUUACUAAGCUAUAGAGGAACACUAUCUAUUUUUUUUUAUAAGAUAUUUAUUAAAGUUUAGACAUUACAAAGAAGAGAAGAGAGAAACAAAAGAAAAAUACAAGCAAUAAACAAUUACAAAGCCUCAAAAACAAAAAUGAAUACAGUAAUACAAAACAUCAACAAUACAAAAAAGAAAAAAAAGAAAAAACAAAAGCAUUUAAAAAACCCAAAAGAGAACAAACAAACAUAAAAAGGACCCCAUAUUUUCAUAUCUUUAUCUUUCAUUUGCUUAUUUCCUCGACUUCCUCACACCUCCUUUUUUGUAUUCUAGUUCAAUUAAUUAUUCCAGCAAGUCCUUUCCCUUUUUCUCAAAUUUAGUUCCAUAAUUUAUCUUAACGCAAUUUAGACUUAAAUUUACAUCUUUACCCAAUGUCAAUUUAUUCAUACUUAAUUCUUUAUAGUAUUUCUACUAAAGUCAUAUAGCUUCUUUCCAGCAUCCUUCUAACAUUCAUUAAUUUUAGAGUAUUUCUGUAAAUAUACUUUAAAUUUUUUCCAAUCUUCUUCCACCGACUCUUCUCCCUGGUCUCGGAUUCUGCCAGUCAUUUCCGCCAAUUCCAUGUAGUCCAUCAGCUUCAUCUGCCAUUCUUCCCUGGUAGGUAGGUCUUGUGUCUUCCAGUGCUUAGCAAUGAGUAUUCUUGCUGCUGUUGUGGCAUACAUGAAAAAAACUCUGUCCUUCUUUGGCAUCAAUUGGCCCACCAUGCCCAAGGGAAAGGCCUCUGGUUUCUUCAAGAAGGUAUGUUUAAAUACCUUUUUCAGUUCAUUAUAUAUCAUUUCCCAGAAGGCCUUAAUCUUUGGGCAUGUCCACCAAAGAUGAAAGAAUGUACCUUCAGUUUCUUUACAUUUCCAGCAUUUAUUGUCGGGCAAAUGAUAGAUUUUUGCAAGCUUGACUGGUGUCAUGUACCACCUGUAAAUCAUUUUCAUUAAAUUCUCUUUUAAGGCAUUGCAUGCCGUAAACGUCAUGCCAGUGGUCCAUAACUGUUCCCAGUCAGCCAUCAUAAUAUUAUGUCCAACAUCCUGUGCCCAUUUAAUCAUAGCAGAUUUCACCAUUUCAUCGUGAGUAUUCCAUUUCAACAGCAAGUUAUACAUUCUUGACAAAUUCUUAACUUUAGGAUCUAACAAUUCUGUUUCCAGCUUUGAUUUUUCCACUUGAAAACCUAUUUUUUUAUCCUGAUUGUAUGCCUCCAUUAUUUGAUAAUAAUGGAGCCAAUCUCGCACUCUGUUUUUUAAUUUUUCAAAGCUCUGUAAUUUUAAUCUGUCACCCUCUUGUUCCAAAAUUUCCCAAUACUUCGGCCAUUUGGCCUCCAUAUUGAGUUUUUUCUGGGCCUUUGCCUCCAUAGGUGACAGCCAUCUUGGGGUUUUAUUUUCUAACAAAUCCUUGUAUCUUAUCCAGACAUUAAACAGUGCUUUUCUUACAAUAUGGUUUUUAAACGCUUUGUGUGCUUUGACCUUAUCAUACCACAAAUAUGCAUGCCAACCAAAUACAUUAUUGAAACCUUCCAAAUCCAAAACAUCCGUAUUUUCAAGAAGCAUCCAUUCUCUCAGCCAGCAAAAAGCAGCUGAUUCAUAGUAAAGUUUUAAGUCUGGCAGGGCAAAUCCACCUCUUUCUUUAGCAUCAGUUAAAAUCUUAAAUUUUAUACGAGGCUUCUUGCCCUGCCAGACAAAUCUGGAAAUAUCUCUCUGCCACUUCUUGAAACAGUCCAUUUUGUCCAAAAUUUGCAGUGACUGAAACAGAAAUAACAUUCUUGGCAAUACAUUCAUUUUUAUCACAGCAAUUUGGCCUAGCAACGAUAGCUUCAAAUUUGACCAUAUUUCUAAGUCUUUUUUCACUUCAGUCCAGCAUUUUUCAUAGUUAUCCUUAAAUAAAUUCACAUUCUUAGCAGACAUAUUGACCCCUAAAUAUUUCACUUUCUUAACCAGUGUCAGACCUGUCUCCCUCUGAAACUUCUCUCUCUCAAUCACAUUCAGAUUUUUCUCCAGAACUUUAGUUUUCAUCUUAUUCAGCUUAAAACCUGCUACCUGGCCAAAUUCUUGAAUCAGUUCUAAUACUCUUUUCGUACUUGAUUCUGGCUCCUGUAAAGUCAAUACUAAGUCAUCUGCAAAUGCUUUCAGUUUGUACUGUUUAGCUCCCAUUUGUAUACCUUUAACCAAUUGGUCCCUUCUAAUCAUAUUUAACAGAACCUCCAGGACUGAAAUAAAAAGCAAUGGAGAGAUUGGGCAGCCCUGUCGUGUUCCUUUCUCAAUCUUGAAUUCUUCCGUCACUACGUUAUUCACAAUUAAUUUAGCCUUUUGUUCUGAAUAAAUUGCACCUAUACCAUUUCCAAAACUUUUACCAACCCCCAUCCCCGAUAAAUUCUUCUUCAUAAAACUCCAAUAAAUAUUGUCAAAGGCUUUCUCCGCGUCCACAAAAAUCAGAACUGCUUUAGUAUUAAUCUUCACUUGUAGCUUUUCUAGAAUAUUAAUUAUAUUCCUCGUAUUAUCAGACAAAUGCCUGCCCGGGAGAAAGCCCGCUUGGUCUCUAUGAAUUUCUUCUGCUAACACCUUUUUUAAUCUUUUAGCCAAAAUAUCUGCAAAAAUUUUAUAAUCCACAUUAAGCAGUGAUAUGGGACGGUAGUUUUUAAGUUGCGUCUUUUCAGACUCUGAUUUUGGUAUAAGUGUAAUAUAUGCUUCUUUCCACGACUCAGGUGCCCUUUUCCCUUCCAAUAUUUCAUUACAGACUUCCUUUAAUGGUUGUAUUAACCAUUCUUUCAAGGUUCUGUAGUAUCUAGAAGUCAGUCCACCCGGUCCUGGAGAUUUACCUAAUUGCAUAUUCUGAAUGGCCCCUUCUACUUCCUGAUCCGUUAUUUUAUAAUCAAGCAUUAAUUUAUUUUCUUGAGAAAUUUUUUGUAGUCCAUUUAUUUCCAGGAAUUUAUCGAUGUCCAUUUCAUUCUGCUUUUCUUGUGUGUAUAAUUGUUUGAAAUACCUCUGGAAGCACCUUCUAAUUUCAGCUGGAUUCUGUAUAUUCUUUCCUUCCACUUCCAGAUUCGUAAUAGUAUUUAUUUUUUGUCUUUUUUUCAAUUGCCAAGCCAGCAGUUUCCCACACUUAUUUGCCAAUUCAAAUGUCUUUUGUCUCAUCUGUUUAAUCUUCCAUUCUAUUUCCUGGUUCAUCAUUUUCAUAUAUUGUACUUGGUAAAGCUUUAUUUCUUUUAAAAUCUCCUGGGACUUUGGUUUCACCCUCUGUUUCUUCUCUCCUUCCUUUAUUUUUUCCAAAAUUUUAUCUUUUUUCUCAUUUUGCCUUCUCUUCUUAAUUGCAUUCUGUUGUAUCAAAAAACCUCUCAUUAUGGCUUUACUUGCGUCCCAGAUUACUCUUUUUUCCACUGUAGUGUUCAUAUUUAUCUCAAAAUAGUCUUUCAAAGUUUUUUGGGCCUUUUUGAUAAAUUCAUCAUUCCUAAACAAAGAGUCAUUCAUCCUCCAUCUGAAGGAACCAAUAAGUGCAUUAUUAGCUGGCAUUUUUUCUUAGGUGAAAUCAUGAUUUUACCAAAACUAAGCACAUGUUUUCCCAGAAGUGUUUUUAAAGUAUAAAACUACUAAGAGCUUUCUUUCUCCUUCCCACUCUAAGGAAGAGGGCCAUUUUGUAGAAUUUUAUCAUCAUUUGUGUGCAUCUGUGGCUGCCAUUUUGUCUCUCAGAAUGUCACCCAAUGCUGCUCAGUGCUAAGCCCAAUUGCUUAAAGUGGUAUCCCUGGGGAGAAGAGUCGGUGGAAGAAGAUUGGAAAAAAUUUAAAGACUAUUUACAGAAAUACUGUAAAAUUAAUGAAUGUUAGAAAAAUGUUGGAAUGAAGUUAUAUGGCUUUAGUAGAAAUGUUAUAAGGAAUUAAGUACAGAUAGGUUAAUAGAGCAUUAAAGGAAAAAUAAGGUUAGAAUGAACUAAGAUAAUUAUAGGAUAGAAAACAGAGGAAGAUGGAAAGGAAUUGCUGAAAUAAUUAACAGAAGUGGAAUACAAAAAGGGAGGUGUGAGGAGGUCGUGGAAACAAGUGAAUGAAAGAUGGGAUAAUGAAAUUGUUUGAUUUAUUUUAUUGUUUUUGUUUUGUUUUGUCAAUUUGAUGUGUUGUAUUGUAUUGCCUUUUUAGUGUUUAAGUUUUUGGAAAAAUAAUAAAUAUUAUUUAAAAAAAUAAAAUAAAGUGGUAUCCCUGUGCUUGAAAUGUAUGCUGUGAAUGUGGCCCCAGUCAGAAAUCUCUUGCACCAUGCCUUAAUGUAUCCCUGGAUGAAUGGAGCAUGGCUGAAGUGCUGGAAGGUAAUAGGCAUCCAUCUUGGAAGGAGUACAAUUCCUACCCCUCACAUACAACAAGUUGUGGUUUGCAUCUGCAAAAGAAAUACAUUGACUAACUGCGAUGUUGGUGUGGUGAUUGUUUUCCAGUGCCUGAGAGUGAGACGAGGGAGCCCAAUGGGCUGAAGUGCCCGAGUUGCAUCAACAUCUUGUCAGACGAGUGCGAGGGCUUGAAGACCGUCAGCUGCAGAAAUGAGGAGGAUCAAUGCUUCUACGUUGGGGGUCGCAUGAAGUUCGGUGAGUCUUGUAUGAUGGAGUGCAGCUAGAGCCCCAUCUGUACUAUGCAGUUAAAGCAGUAUCACGCCACUUUGAGCCGUCAUGGCUUCCUCUAAAAGAUGCCAGGAUACUUUGUUUAUUAAGGGUGCUGAAAGUUAUUAGGAGACCUACGUUGCCCUCACAGAAUAAGGGGAUGGGCAGGAGCCCAAGGAGGAGGGAUGUGUGCGCAGGGAGGUGGGAGGAGGAGGAGAAUACAGGGAAGGGGCUAGUGAUUUCUGCGGUUCUUGUCUGGAACCCUAUGCCUCUUUAUUCCAUUUCCCCCCCAGCAAAACCUUAAAAGCCCAUUCAGAUAGGCACAUUCUCUAUUCCCUUUUGCUGUUCAUUCCAAUGAGUUUUAAAUGUUUUAAUGGUUUUAACUGCUAAUAUAAAUAUUUCUUGUAAACCCCUAACAGUUUUUACUACAAACAAGCGAUAUACAGAUUUUGUUAAAUAAAAAUACAUCUUAAAAAUUGCACUUUAAAUUGGAGGGGGGGGCAGGAUGGAAACCCACAGGCCCAGGGGCCAAAGGCAUUCCUCUUGGACUCUUUCUCUCUGGCCCUUCGGAUCCUACUUAGCCACACCUCCUUUCCCUAGGCCACACCACUCACAAGCCCCACUUCAUACCCUACCUGUAUACUUUGGCCUGGCUGGAUUGUUGCCCCUGAACUCUUGUUAACCUGGAGGGAGGACAGAGAGGGGGGUUUGAAUGUAUGUAUAAAAUGGCCUGCCGUGUAAAGGUGAAUUUUACUUCUGUUUCCAUUGGCAUGUGGACCUCCCAGAAGGUCACCCAGACUGGAAAAAGGCUCUUGGUCUGAGAAAAGUUGCCCACCCUUCUGUUUGAGGGAGAGGGUUUUGGAUUCAAAAAAUAUAUGUUUGUGUUUUUCCCAACAGGGGAAAGCAGUCUGAGGGGCGCUAUCCGAGGCUGUGGAACAGCUAGUUUGUGUGACUACUAUGAGGGGUUGCUGGAGACUGAUCUUGAAUCAUUAGGAGUUGAGAUCACUCAAUUUGAGUGCACUGAAGCAAUGGACGAGGAUUCCAAUGAGCUGUAGCUGAGAGAAGGCAAACCACCACCGCCCAGAAGAACCCACCAUUUAUGGAAAUUGGAGGCCUAGUGGUUGAAGCAGGGGAG